AUGCCGACCGCGAGUGGUAAUGACAGUAACGCCGGUUCGAGCGCUGCGCCCAUCGCCAUCUCGCAAGCCUCGCACUCGUCCACCGCGCCCCUUCCCGAACCUUUGCGCGCCCUCGUCAAUCUACGAAUCAAAGCCGACUCGGCGUUGAACCAUCCCGCACUCGAACAAGAACUCGAGAAUGGCGUUCUCGGUCCUCAGUCCGCAAUCGUGUUGGAGUCAUUACAAGCGACGCUCGAAUGUGCUGCGACGUGGCGCGCCAGGCUUCAGGACACCACGGGGAGGACAUCGAAACGAUCGAAUGAGGAAGAAGCAAGGGGCGAGUUCGUCGAGGCAUGGUGUCGUUCCAGAAUUGGGGAGUACGACUCGUCAUUACUGGGACUUGUCGAUUCAAUUGGAGAGGAGUUUGCAAGGCUUCAGUCGCGCGGGCGAAUUGCUCGGAUUACCCGACCCUCCGACGUUGGAUCAAGUCCCUUCCGUGACGAGGCCGAAACAGGGCGUGUUGCCCUUGGAGUUGGGGACCGUGCCUGGGUGGGUCGGGGAGAUGUUGGCCGAAUGGGCGAGGACGCAGACGACGUUGUGCUUUUCGAGCUUGCUGAGGCCUGGGGGGAACGAGGUUGUCGAGGAGGACAAGUUGGCCGAAAUGUUGGAUAUGGCGUGCAGGAGAAAUGUGCAAGGUGAGUCGAGUAUGAGAAGAGGAUAUUUACUGUUUGCCCUUGGGCUGAUCUCGGUAUACCUCUCCCAAACCGUUGCUACCCCUUCCGCAAAUUCCUCACUCGCCUCUCCCUACACGCGAUUGCCCACCUCAGCCUUGUUCACCCCGGUCGACCCGAAUUUCGCACCCGAAGAGUCCUCAUCCUCGGCCAGAACUGUCAUGGGCAAUGCUCGACUAAUCCGGGACAUGUCGACGCUGCUCCCUUUCACCUCGUCCGCUUCACUGUGGAAUCGCCGGAUAGCAUGGGCCACGCACGUCGCAGACAUCACCUUUAUCGAAGCGUCCAUGUCGGCGAACCGACUCGUCGAUGCCGCCUCAGCCGCCGCAGCGAUCCUUCAAGAUCCUAAAACGACCAACGAAAGGAGAAACGAAGUUCGUCAUGUUCUCGAACACACGAUCCAACACUUGGUGCCGUUCGAGAAGAAACAAGGUACGGCGUUGUUGACGUUGGGGAGGGUCAUGUUGGAAGCUGUGGGGUCGAUGUAUUUGGACAGGGAUGAGGCGUUCUCGGUUCAGAGGAGGAAGAUGGAGGACGCGGUUCUGCAAGAGGGGAAGGAGCCGGAAUUGGCGGAGGGGGAGAGGGUCGAGGUGCCGGAGAAUGAUUUGGUCAGGGAGACGAGACAGGUCUUUAUUCGAGGUGAGUUUCACCCGCGACCAGAGUCAGGAAGUCGUGAGCCCCCUGUGCUGAUACUACUUAUCUUGGCAUUUCUAGCUUCGGGCCUUUUCGAAAACGCGUAUGCUUCGUUCUUGAGAACGCCGACCAAGGCGCGCCAGAACAAGAAGGAGGAACAACGCCUUUUGCGGAGGUUGGAGGCGACGUACUGUGAUCUUGAAGAGGUGUGCCAAUGUUCUCGAAGCGCGUCGAUAUUCCUGCUGCUCCCGAGCUGACCAGGAACUAAUUAUCUGCAGCUCGACAACCAUACGCCUGAGGUCGUACAACUCAAAUCGGAACGUGUCGCACGAGCUUUGUGGAUCAACGAUCGCCUCCUUUCCCUCGGCGACGACGCCGAUGAUGAUUCGGACCUGGACGAUGCCGAUGAAGAUUCGGACGGGGAGAUGAUCACUCGAAGGUUUGGUCAGAGUACGAUCUGA